GUCCCCACUGCACCCCCCUAUGGGGCCCCCAAUGGGGCCCCCUGUGGUUCCCCCCGGGGGGCCCCCUGGGGGCCCCCCCCUCGAACGCCCCGAGGGGCCCCCCUGCGGGGCCCCCGGGGGGGCCCCCGGGGGGGCCCCCCGGGGCAGUGAGGGCCCCCGGGGUGGGGGGUUUGCGUUGGGAGUGCAACAAAGUGCGGAGCGACAAGAAGGCCCGGAAAAGGGCUUUUGCCCACCGGGGGUUUUAUGGGCGGCAGCGGCUGCUGCAGCUGCAGCAGCAGCAGCUGCGGCUGGCCUUUGCCUACCAGGGCGUGGACUACUUGAAACUCAAAACCCUCCAGUGGGGAGAAGUCCGCAAGGGGGGCCCCGGGGGCCCCUAG